AUGCUACUGCACCUGUCCAGGAUCCUUCACGUAGCCCUGGGCAAGCACAACCUGAGGAAUUGGGAGGCCACCCAGCAGGUGCUGCGUGUGGUUCGCCAGGUGCCACACCCCCAGUACAACUCCCGGACCCACAAUAAUGACUUGAUGCUGCUGCAGCUGAAGCAGCCUGUUCGGCUGGGGAGGGCGGUGAGGCCCAUCACCAUAGCCAGUUCCUGUGCCAGCCCAGGGACUCCCUGCCAUGUGUCAGGCUGGGGCACCACAUCUAGCCCCAUUGUCAAGUACCCCAACUCCCUGCAAUGUGUGAACAUCAACAUCUCCUCGGAUCAGGAGUGUCGGCAGGCUUAUUCCCAUGCUGUCACUCCUGGCAUGGUCUGUGCAGGUGUUCCCCAAGGUGGGAAGGACUCCUGUCAGGGUGACUCAGGGGGACCCCUGGUGUGCAAAGGACAGCUCCAAGGUCUUGUGUCCUGGGGGAUGGAACGUUGUGCCCUGCCCGGCUAUCCCGGAGUUUACACCAACCUGUGCAAGUACCAAACCUGGAUCCAGAAAACCAUACGGAGCAAAUGA